AUGGUGGUAUCGAGAACAGAGAUAAUGGCAGAUAGAAUAAGUGAGUUUCACGAUUCAAUUCUUUGUCACAUUCUUUCUUUUCUUCCAACCAAACAUGCUGCAACCACAAGCAUCCUAUCUAAGAGAUGGAAAUCACUAUGGCUCUCUGUCCUCACUCUCGACUUCGACUGCGAAUCCUUCAAAGCCAUGGCCUCCUUUGAUUAUUCUGUACACAAGUUCAUGCUCUUACGAAAUAUCGGACUUCCGAUCCUUUCCUUUCGUUUCAAUUGCACCCACUGUUUUUGUGUUUGCAACAAAUCUGAUGUUACUCUAUUUGUUUCCUAUCUAACGAAUAGAGGAAUCGAGAAUCUUAACAUUAAAAAUAAUAUCAUAUUACCACCUAGUAUUCUUAGUUGCAAGACCCUUAAGGUUCUUAAGUUGAUUGGGGCAAUAGUGAAUAGUUUUUCUCAUCAAGUGGAUUUUCCGGUUCUUAAAAUUCUUCAUUUAAAGGAAAUGAGAUUCGAACGUCAUGAAUUACUUGUAAAACUUCUGUCAGGCUGUGCUACACUUGAGGAGUUGCAAACCAAAUAUUUAUGUGUACGUUAUAAGGAUUCACUUGUUUCAGAGAAAGAUUCACUUGUUUCAGAGAAAGAGUUUGACGGCUUGUUACCUAGUUUAAUCAAAGCAAAGAUUUCUUUUGACAACUCUAUUAUUCCGGUUAAUUUGGUUCGUAAUGUGGAGAAUCUAUGUAUGAAACAGGUAUCAUUGACAUAUUGUACUAAACAUUCCAUGUUUCAUAAUCUUACACCAUUGACAUAUUGUACUAAACUUCCCAUGUUUCAUAAUGUUACACAUGUGGAAUUUAAAAUUUUCGGAAAUAUGUGGGAUUGGUUACCACAAAUGCUUGAACGAUGCCACAAACUACAAAGUUUAAUCAUACAGGGUGUUGAAUAUCAAGACGAGUUAAAGGAUAAAAGUUGGGAGGAUCCAGCAAUAGUUCCAAAAUGUCUUUCAUCGCAACUAAGAACAUGUUGCCUUGCAUAUUGUAAAGGCACCAAAAAUGAGCUCCAAUUUGCGAAAUACAUUUUGCAAAAUUCAAAAGUACUAAAGACUAUGAAAAUUAAGUAUGAUUAUUGUGCAGAUAUACAAGCAAAACACCAAAUGACAAUGGAAUUAUCUUCAUUUGCAAAGGGCUCUACAAUGUGUGAACCUGCCAAGAUCCUAAUUGAAACCAAACGCAAAUAUUGUUUGUACCUUACAGAAUUCAACGUUACAUUCUAA